UGUGCCAACGUAUGUAAAAGUCACGCCCACUCAGGAAGUAUUAUUUGUUUUUUAUGUUUGACCUGGAUUAUGUCUUGGAAAAUGACAGCUGAAUCAUUCGCAGAGAAAACCUUCUGAAGGAGCCAAAAUGGAGAGCCAACAGACAAGUUUACGCUUGCCAGCAUGGCACUGAAACAUGCUCUGUGUGUGUGUGUUUUGAAGACAAACCUCGUAAAAGAGAAGUGAAAGCGGAGGUGGAAAUCUCAUGUCCGUCUUUCUUUGCUCUGACAAAGCUUAUUUCUUGACGUCUCUGAUGUCUGCACGGAGGAAAUACAACUUCGUCUGGAAAUCAUGAGCUGCAGAGACGGGAAAAACUUGGUGAUCCUUCUGUGGCACCUCACGCUGGUUCUCCUCGUCGAGUCCUCCCAGAAGAAGAACUCUUGCCACAUCCAAGGCACCACGGCCGACUGCAGCCGCCUGAGCCUGACCGCGGUGCCGUCCGACCUCCCCGGCAACAUCACCAGCUUGGAUCUGUCCCACAAUCGCCUGAGCCGGAUCCCGCCGGCGGCCCUGGCCCCCUACGCGGAUCUCCUGCACCUGGACGUCGGUUUCAACAGCCUCACCGAGCUGGACGGCGGACUGUGCCGGGCGCUGCCCCUGCUGCAGACUCUGGACAUGGACCACAACGAGAUGCACGUCAUCCAGGAAGAGGAUCUGAGCGCCUGCGGGAACCUGACCCGGUUUCGCUUGUCGAGCAACAGGCUGAAACUGAAAGGGGAAGUCUUUGCCAGGCUACAGAAUCUACAAUUCCUGGACGUGUCUAAUAACAAUCUCAACUCGGCCAAGCUGGGCUCCAGGCCUCAAAUGCCCAACCUGGUGGAGCUCAGGUUGGGAUUCAACACCUUCUCAACUUUGGCCACAGAUGACUUUGCUCUUUUUAGCCACUCAGCAUCUCUGCAGGUCCUCAACCUGGAGUCCGCCAACAUCAAAACGGUGGACCCCGCUUCCUUCCAGCCUAUUUCCCACUUUCGUAUCCUCAUCAUGGACGGGAGCAACAUGGGAACGACGGCCAUCUCCAAAAUCUGCGUAGCGCUGUCGGGAACGUCUAUCCAGAAAUUGUCCCUGCGGAGGAUGAAGUUGGUCACCCUGACCGCAAACACCUUCAAAGAGUUGCAGCAAACCAACGUAACCUGGCUGGACCUCUCCGGGAACGGCUUGGGUCAAAUCCAACCGGGCUCGUUCCAGCCUCUCAACAAACUGGAUGAGCUCGUCUUGUCGGAAAACAACAUCAAGCAUUUGACCGAGCGGACGUUUGAGGGUCUUGGUAAUUUGAAGCAGCUGGACUUGACAAAAGCUCUGGUGAAAAGUCACACCUCCGCCACGCCCAUCAUCGACGACUUCUCCUUCAGGCCGCUGGCCGACCUGGAGACUUUGUGUUUGCAGAGGACUUCGGCACGGGAGAUUACGGAGCGCACCUUUACGGGCUUGAAAAGUCUCAAAUAUCUGGACCUGAGCUGGAGCAGCUACGCAUCACUGAAAAGCAUCUCCAAUAAGACUCUGGCUUCACUCGGCGGGUCCCCGUUGCUGAAGCUCAAUUUGACGGCGGCGGCCGUUUCGCAGAUUCAAUACGGUGCCUUCUCCCAUUUGGGGAACCUCACCCACCUUUACCUUGAUUUUAAUUUCAUCAAGCAGACUCUGAGCGGGACGGAGUUCCAAGGCUUGGCUCAACUCCAGGAGCUUCACAUGUCCUUCAAUCACCAAACCAUCAGCCUCAGCUCCACGUCGUUUGUCGGCGUUCCCCUUCUCAGGGUCCUGACGCUGAGUAAAAGCCUGACGGCCAUGUCCUUGAACUUGGAUGGUUCUCCGUUCCAGCCCUUAGCCAAGCUGGCCUACUUGGACCUGAGCAACAAUAACAUCGCCAACUUGAGAGCGAACCUGCUGAGCCAACUGGCAAACCUGAAGGUCCUCAAGUUGCAACACAACAACCUGGCGCGGUUGUGGAAUGACGCCAAUCUCGGCGGCCCCGUGCUCUACCUGAAGGGCUUGGAGAACAUGGCCAGCCUGCAGCUGGACAGCAACGGACUAGACGCCAUCCCCAUGGAGGCGCUGAGAGGGCUGAGGAACCUGCGUGAGCUCAGCCUUAGCAACAAUCUGCUGAACAACCUGAGGGACUCCGUUUUCGAUAGCCUGACCUCCCUGAAAGUCUUACGUCUUCAGAGGAGCCUGAUCACGGCCGUGAGGCCCGAGGUGUUCCAGAUUCCUUUGGCCAACCUUAGCUAUCUCCUCAUGGAUAAGAAUCCCUUCGACUGCACCUGCGAGAGCAUCCUGUGGUUUGUCACGUGGCUCAACACCACAAACAUCAGCAGCAGCAGCAACAUCCCCGGCCACUACGUGUGCAACACGCCGCUGGCUUACUUCAACCGCUCCAUCACAGAUUUCGACCCGCUCUCGUGCAAGGACCUGGCGCCAUUCCACGCGCUCUACAUACUGAGCAGCACUCUGGUGGUGCUGCUGACCGCGACGGCGCUUCUGCUGCGCUUCCACGGCUGGAGGAUCCAGUUCUACUGGAACGUCCUGGUCAAUCGGGCUUUAGGCUUCAGCGACGCCACGGUGGAGGAGGGCCGGCAGUUUGAAUACGACGCUUACAUCAUCCACGCCGAGGAGGACGGCAACUGGGUGGAGAGAGCCAUGAUGCCCCUGGAGGGCGAGGCGUGCAAGUUUUGCCUGGAGGACCGGGAUUCGGUGCCAGGAAUGUCCCAGCUGGAGUCCAUCGUGGAGAACAUGAGGAACUCCCGCAAAAUCCUUUUUGUGGUCACCGAAAGCCUCCUCGGCGAUCCGUGGUGCAGACGCUUCAAGGCCCAUCAGGCGCUGCACCAGGUGAUGGAGGCCAGCAGAGACUCGGUGAUCCUGGUCUUCCUGCAGGACGUACACGACUACAAGCUAUCGCGCUCGCUCUUCCUGCGCCGCGGCAUGCUGAGGCAACGCUGCGUCCUCCACUGGCCCGUGCACAAGGAACGAGUGGUCGCCUUCCGUCAGAAGCUGCUCAUCGCCCUCGGCAUGACCAAUCGAUUCCCACCCCUGCUUUAAAGCACCUUGCGACGGGUUCGGGGAUUUGAUUUCACUUUGGCGCCAAUGCGACAGGAAAAGCGGGAAUCAGAAUAAAAUGCUACUGCAAACCA